CCCAAGCCCCCUCCACUCCCCAUCUGCACACACAGAGAGGAGGAGAAGGUGAGGACUGGGAGACGGGGUGGUAGGGAGAGGAGGUCAGCCGUGAACUUGAGCUGGCUCGGUUGGGUAUUAGCGCCACCCGAGCUUGCAGCCUGUGUGAGUGUGAGGGGGAGAGUGAGAGCAAGGGAGGGAGAGAGAGGCAGGCUGCGAGAGGAGAGAGGAGAGGGGGAGCAAGCGCUCCGCCAGCAUGAGGACGGGCUUCUCUUUUCCGUGCUCAGUUAAUCUGGCUGUCAGUUGGUGUUAACGCUGCCGUUUAAGUGCUCCGAUUCCAAGGGAAACAGACAAACCUCCCAGAAGGAAAGAAGGAAGCAGCAAGGAAGGCAGGAACUGCAGGAGGAAAAGAACAGGCAGAACAGAGAGGAAUCAAGGGAAGGGGGGGGGAAAUACCAAAUCUAUGACUGGACCUGGGCUUCUUUUUCGCCAAUGCAAAAAGGAAUAUGCAGCACAUUUUUGCCUUCUUCUGCACCGGUUUCCUAGGCGCGGUAGUAGGUGCCAAUUUCCCCAACAAUAUCCAGAUCGGGGGAUUAUUUCCAAACCAGCAGUCACAGGAACAUGCUGCUUUUAGAUUUGCUUUGUCACAACUCACAGAGCCCCCAAAGCUGCUCCCCCAGAUUGAUAUUGUGAACAUCAGCGACAGCUUUGAGAUGACCUAUAGAUUCUGUUCCCAGUUCUCCAAAGGAGUCUACGCCAUCUUUGGGUUUUAUGAACGGAGAACUGUCAACAUGCUGACCUCCUUCUGUGGGGCCCUCCAUGUCUGCUUCAUUACACCGAGCUUUCCCGUUGACACCUCCAAUCAGUUUGUCCUUCAGCUGCGCCCUGAGCUGCAGGAUGCUCUUAUCAGCAUCAUCGACCAUUACAAGUGGCAGAAAUUUGUCUACAUUUAUGAUGCCGACCGGGGUCUGUCCGUCCUGCAGAAAGUCCUGGACACAGCUGCCGAGAAGAACUGGCAGGUGACAGCAGUCAACAUUUUAACCACCACAGAGGAGGGAUACCGGAUGCUCUUUCAGGACCUGGAAAAGAAAAAGGAGCGGCUAGUGGUUGUGGACUGUGAAUCAGAACGCCUCAAUGCCAUCUUGGGCCAGAUCAUAAAGCUGGAGAAGAACGGCAUCGGCUACCACUACAUCCUUGCAAAUCUGGGUUUCAUGGAUAUUGACUUAAACAAAUUCAAGGAGAGUGGAGCAAAUGUUACAGGUUUCCAGUUGGUGAACUACACAGACACCAUCCCAGCCAAGAUCAUGCAACAGUGGAAGAAUAGCGAUGCUCGAGACCACACCCGAGUGGACUGGAAGAGACCUAAGUACACCUCUGCGCUCACCUACGACGGGGUGAAGGUGAUGGCUGAGGCUUUUCAGAGCCUGCGGAGGCAGAGAAUCGAUAUAUCCCGCCGAGGGAACGCUGGGGACUGCCUGGCUAACCCAGCCGUGCCGUGGGGCCAGGGGAUCGACAUCCAGAGAGCGCUGCAGCAGGUGCGGUUUGAAGGCUUGACAGGAAACGUGCAGUUUAAUGAGAAGGGACGCCGGACCAACUACACCCUCCAUGUGAUUGAAAUGAAGCAUGAUGGCAUCCGAAAGAUUGGUUACUGGAAUGAAGAUGAUAAGUUUGUCCCUGCAGCCACCGAUGCUCAAGCUGGGGGGGACAAUUCAAGUGUCCAGAAUAGGACAUACAUCGUCACUACAAUCCUAGAAGAUCCUUAUGUGAUGCUCAAGAAGAAUGCCAACCAGUUUGAGGGCAAUGACCGCUACGAGGGCUACUGUGUAGAGCUGGCAGCAGAGAUUGCCAAGCAUGUGGGCUACUCCUACCGUCUUGAGAUUGUCAGCGAUGGAAAAUAUGGAGCCCGUGACCCUGACACCAAGGCUUGGAACGGCAUGGUGGGAGAGCUGGUCUAUGGAAGAGCCGAUGUGGCCGUAGCUCCUUUAACUAUCACCUUGGUCCGGGAAGAGGUGAUAGAUUUCUCCAAGCCAUUUAUGAGUUUGGGGAUCUCCAUCAUGAUAAAAAAGCCACAGAAGUCCAAACCUGGGGUCUUCUCCUUCCUCGAUCCUUUGGCUUAUGAGAUUUGGAUGUGCAUUGUCUUUGCCUACAUUGGAGUGAGUGUCGUCCUUUUCCUGGUCAGCCGCUUCAGCCCCUAUGAAUGGCACAGUGAAGAGUUUGAGGAAGGGCGGGACCAGACAACCAGUGACCAGUCCAAUGAGUUUGGGAUAUUCAACAGUCUGUGGUUCUCCCUGGGAGCAUUCAUGCAACAAGGAUGUGACAUUUCUCCCAGGUCCCUGUCUGGCCGCAUUGUUGGUGGUGUCUGGUGGUUCUUCACCUUGAUCAUCAUCUCCUCAUACACAGCCAACCUGGCUGCCUUCCUGACCGUGGAGAGGAUGGUGUCUCCCAUCGAGAGUGCUGAGGACCUAGCGAAGCAGACGGAAAUCGCUUAUGGGACCCUGGAAGCAGGGUCCACUAAGGAGUUCUUCAGGAGGUCUAAAAUUGCCGUGUUUGAGAAGAUGUGGACAUACAUGAAGUCAGCGGAGCCAUCAGUUUUUGUGAGGACCACAGAGGAGGGAAUGAUCCGAGUGAGGAAAUCCAAAGGCAAAUAUGCCUACCUUCUGGAAUCCACCAUGAAUGAGUACAUUGAGCAGCGGAAACCCUGUGACACCAUGAAGGUGGGAGGUAACUUGGAUUCCAAAGGCUAUGGCAUUGCGACACCCAAGGGGUCCGCCCUGAGAGGUCCCGUAAACCUAGCGGUUUUGAAACUCAGUGAGCAAGGCGUCUUAGACAAGCUGAAAAGCAAAUGGUGGUACGAUAAAGGGGAAUGUGGAAGCAAGGACUCCGGAAGUAAGGACAAGACGAGCGCCCUGAGCCUCAGCAAUGUGGCAGGCGUGUUCUACAUCCUGAUCGGAGGACUUGGACUAGCCAUGCUGGUUGCCUUAAUCGAGUUCUGCUACAAAUCCCGUAGUGAAUCCAAGCGGAUGAAGGGUUUCUGUUUGAUCCCACAGCAAUCCAUCAAUGAAGCCAUACGGACAUCGACGCUCCCACGUAACAGUGGGGCAGGAACCAGCGGUGGCGGUAGUGGAGAAAAUGGCCGUGUAGUCAGCCACGACUUCCCCAAGUCCAUGCAGUCGAUUCCCUGCAUGAGCCACAGUUCAGGGAUGCCCUUGGGAGCCACGGGAUUGUAA